AUGUUUGGCAAAGUUAGUGUAUUCCUGAGUUUUGCCGUUGCUCUAGCAACGGCUGCCAUACAAACCAAUCCAAGCAGACCGGUGCUAUUUGGAACCCAUCGAAUCAUACCACGGGAGCCUGCUGAGAUCGAGUUGAACAGUACCGCCCUUUGGCAUACGGCCAAUAUGCGGCAGGUCUACACCAAUCCUCAGGCUCGGAAUUUCUACUCGAUGCGAUAUGUAUCGAACGAUCGGUACUACCAACGGGGUGGUCCAAUUUUCCUCUUUGUUGGAGGUCCAUGGCCAUUGAAGACACACUUUGUCGAACAAGGCCACUUUGUUGAUAUGGCCGCACAGAUGAACGGCUUCUUGGUCGCUAAUGAGCUACGGUACUACGGAGAGAGUUUACCGAUUGAAGACGCUAGCCGCAACAACUUCCGCUAUCUGCACAACGUUCAAAUUCUAUCGGAACUGGCAACGUUCAUUGCACAUAUCAAGGAUGAUGUUCUCAGAGAUCCUAGCGCGAAAGUGAUUCUAGCUGGAGUCGGCUAUUCCGCCUCGUUGGCUCAGUGGAUGCGACAACGGUUCCCUCAUCUGGUGCACGGUGUUUGGUCGUCCAGUGGUAUGGUGGAGACCAGUAUAAACUACGGCGUGUUUGCCGAAGAUGUUGGUGAAAGCAUUCGACGGUUCGGGAGCAACGAGUGCUUCAGUGUCAUUUGGCGGGGAUUCCGUACCGCUGAGAACCUCAUCGAUGCAGGAUUUUCUGGAACCGUAGAUAACAUGUUCAACGUAUGCCGUCCUAUCGAUGCCCAUAAUCCGCUCGAUGUGGAAGCAUUCUUCUAUGGUAUCUUCAACGAAAUCAGCUCAGAAGCGGUUGACUUCAACCUAAGUGAAAAUAUCGAACGCAUGUGCGAUUCUUUGACGGAUUCCAGUCACGAAAACAGUCUGACAGGGCUGGCAAACUGGUUGACCAGCCGUUUCCCGGACGCAGAUUGCUUGGCAAUGGAUUUCGAAAGCAUAGUGGACACAUACGGGGCAAUUGUUUGGGAAGAUGAAAUUCUCCAAACCGGUGAACGUCAAUGGUUGUUCCAGCGUUGCACCGAAUUCGGGUGGCCACUGACGACUGACUCGCCGAAUCAGCCGUUUGGUACUCAUUUUUCUACCGACCUUUUUCAUGGUAUUUGCGAACGGCUGUUCGAUGAAUGGUUGACUCGUGACCGAUUCGAAACGUUAAUCCGGCAAACUAACGAUUACUAUGGAGGUAAUCGUCCCGACAUAAGGUAUAGCAUCUUCACCCAUGGUGCACUGGAUCCCUGGCGGUUUUCCGGUGUAACUGAAGUCAUUUUCAACAAUACGUACGUGAAUAUCAUUCCGGAUGCUUUCCAUGGACAAGAUUUGGCAUCCAUCUCGGAGGAUGACUCGGAAGAACUGAGACGGAGUAAGGAGAUGGUGACUGAUACGAUUCGCAGGUGGCUAGAAAGUAGAUAG